AUGUGACGUAGGUUGCUGAAAACUUAAAACGAUACAGCACUUCAGGGUUGGGGCUAGUGUUAUUGUUCGAUUUGAAGAUUCUGGGGGAGGCCAAGACUUUGCUAAUAUUGUGGAGAAUGUAAUCGAUAAUCAGAAGUGUGACCUUAUUCAAAUCUAGGCGCACACAUGCCUGGCCUAGAUGCUCCCCCCCAUAUAACAGCAGCAUAUUUAGACAGACUGAGGUAAGCUAGCAAGCUCGGUCCAAAAGAAGCCGAUGGAUGCGCGGGUAUCGGAGUUAUUUGGGUCAGCAAGCGGGCACAGCUCCGGUGGACCUCAGGGAUCUACGUCGAACCACAAGCCAGGAAAUGGCAACGGGGUCGUCUCGAAAAAGACUGGUGCAAAGAACAAGAAAGCAAGAACGCGAUAUCCCCGCAACUUCAGACCGAGCAAUAACACCCCGUAUCUACCCCCAGAGGCUGAAGAGGGAAACAUAGAAUACAAGCUCAAGCUGGUGAACCCCACACAAAACCGCUUUGAGCACCUGGCAACACAAAUGAAAUGGCGACUGCAGGAGGGUCGGGGCGAAGCCGUCUAUCAAAUAGGUGUCGAGGACAAUGGCAUGCUGGUGGGACUGUCAGAGGAGGACAUGAGAGCAUCACUGAAAACACUCCAUAGGCUGGCCGAGAAAGUGGGAGCUGACAUUGCAGUUCUUAGAGAACGAGAGGUAGAAUACGACUCUGAUAUUCCUCGGAAGAUUGCUGAAGUUCUCAUACGAAAGGUUCCCGAUGAUCAGCAGUUCUUAGACCUACGAGUGGCAGUCCUGGGUAACGUGGACUCUGGAAAGUCCACUCUGUUGGGUGUUUUAACACAAGGAGAGCUGGACAACGGUCGGGGAAGAGCGAGACUCAACCUCUUCAGGCACCUGCAUGAAAUCCAGACUGGGCGCACAUCCAGCAUCAGCUUUGAGAUCCUUGGCUUCAACAGCAAAGGAGAGGUUGUAAAUUACAGCGAGUCUCGCACUGCGGAGGAGAUCUGUGAGAGUGCCUCUAAAAUGAUCACGUUCAUAGAUCUGGCCGGUCACCACAAGUACCUGAAAACCACCAUUUUUGGCCUCACCAGCUACUGUCCAGACUUUGCUAUGCUGGUCGUUAGCGCAAACACUGGCAUUGCCGGUACGACGAGAGAACAUCUGGGUCUCGCCAUGGCCUUGAAGGUCCCCAUCUUCAUUGUUAUCAGCAAAGUAGACCUCUGCACCCGAGCCACCGUGGAGCGCACGGUGCGGCAGCUAGAGCGGGUCCUGAAACAGCCAGGCUGCAACAAAGUGCCCAUGGUUGUUGGCAGCACCGACGACGCAGUCACAGCAGCACAGCAGUUCGCCCAGUCGCCCAGCAUCACACCCAUCUUCACCUUGUCCAGUGUGACUGGUGAAAGCUUAGACAUGCUCAAGGUAUUCUUCAACAUCAUCCCUCCUCUCAGCAACAGCAAAGAGCAGGAAGAGCUUAUGCAACAGCUCACAGAGUUUCAAGUGGAUGAGAUCUACACAGUUCCAGAAGUGGGGACAGUGGUAGGAGGCACUCUGUACAGUGGAAUAUGUCGCGAGGGGGAUCAUCUUGUAGUAGGGCCCACAGAGUUGGGUCAGUUCCACAAGCUGACCGUUGGCAGCAUUCAAAGAAACCGCUCAGCGUGCAGGGUACUCAGAGCGGGCCAGGCUGCAACUCUUGCUCUGGGAAACUUUGACCGCUCACUAUUACGCAAGGGUAUGGUAAUGGUGAGCCCAGAGAUGGAUCCUACUAUCUGCUGGAUGUUUGAGGCUGAGAUUGUCCUGCUUUUCCAUGCCAAGACCUUCCACAAAGGCUUCCAGGUUACUGUGCACAUUGGAAAUGUGAGACAGACCGCCACAGUGGAAGCUGUCUAUGGCAAGGAGGAGCUGAGGACAGGUGAAAAAGCAGUGGUUCUCUUCAAAUUCAUUAAACACCCUGAAUAUUUGAAGGUGGGGGCUAAGAUGCUCUUCAGGGAGGGCGUGACCAAAGGUAUUGGUCAUGUCACCAACUUGCAACCCAUUUCCUAUCACCACCAACAUUUUCAAGGACAGGAUGAGAAAGUCUGAAGUUUUUUUUAGAUCAUCGCAACUUUGAAAACUCCGUCCCAGCCCCAAAAAAACCAAGGUGCUUUACGGACUUCAUCACACCUCUCAAAGGCCUUUUGGACCUCUGCUAGCAAAGUAAACAUCUGCUGCCGGAUCUUGUUGUUUUUGUCAACAUUUUUUUCUUUUUCUUUUGUCUCCAAAGCCUCUUUACCAUCUUGCUUGUUUUAUCUUUUUUAGCCUUUGACAGUACUGAUAUUUUAAUUCCCGUCCCGGUUUUCAAGUUUAAAUUAAUUGCAAUUCUUGGCAAUGAGACAUCAGAUCCCACUAAAAUGUGUCAAUUUUAAGGGGAAAAGAUAAAUCAAUUGAAACAUUUUACAUCGGUGUUGAGGAGCUGCUAAUAAACUUGACUCCUAAAUGCACUCCUUACUCACACAGAUACACUGAUCUGCACUGUGCACUGCCAGCGAUGGUUUCUGUGUGGAAGAACAAUUUUUCUGUUUUGCAAAGAAUGAGAUAUUUUGACCUGGUGUAAAUGGCAUCACUGUUGUGAAAUAAGUCAUCAUUAUAAGUGAGCAACAGAAUCUGAUCAGCACAGUGCCUGAUAAACCAGGGAUCUUAGUAUUUAAAUAUGUGUAAGGUGUUGUAUUCACUCAAACUGCCAUGAGAAUUCAACGUUUUUGUAAAUUGUAUUUAGACUUCAAAUAUAGCUUCACACUGCCAACUCUAACAUACCACCUAUAACUUGUGCAAUGGGAGAUGGAAUAAUUUUAAAUUAGUCAGUGGUUGCAAAUUGAGAGAAAAAUGUUAAAUAAAAAAAAAUCAGUCCAAGGAAACACUUAAAAGGGUUUAAAACUCAAAUGUAUCACAGUUGAAAUUAGCAUUGUUUUUUAAAUUGUUGCCUUUGCUUCACCAUUUUUAUAUCAGACUUUACAAACAGAAGGUAAACCCAGCAAACUUUGCAUUUGUAAACUACAAAAUUUGCAUACUUCAAAAGUCAUGUGCUACGCUGGACAAACUGUCAGAUCGAUCUGAAUCACCAGCAAAGGCAUGUUGACCUGGCGGGUGGGUAAAAAAAAGCAUUUAGGGUGGGAGGAAAGUCGACAGCGAAAACUGUUUUUCGACACACUUUCUGUAGACACGUCUACAAACAAUCAACUUCUUUCUCUCACUACUUUCUACUCACACCAUAAGCUUCUGGUGGACUUACUUAAGGAUAAAAGUCGCUAAUGUGUCAGGCACAGCUUAUUAGAGUGAAGCAGAAUGCUGUUAGUGCUGCUGAAGAGGGCAGUUGAAGAAUGUAAAUGGGAACUUAUGUAUAACCCUUGUUGAGGUUACGUGUCAGUCUGUCAAGAUUGCAAAGGUUUUCCUGUCACACCUGUUCGAAUCUGUUUUUAUUCACAAGUAAUGCCUCACAGUAGUAUGGCGAGAUUGUUAGAAUCCUCCCAGCUAUCACAAGUGCUUUAGUUACUCAGGGCAGGACAGACAUAUUAGCGACGGCAUUCCCUUUUCACAGAGCCACUCUGAGGUUUCUGUUGCUGUUUUGAGGAGUUGGCAAUUUGAGAAAAGCCAGAGAAUAAUGUUUUUGGGGUUUUUUUUCCAAAGAUUUGUGUUUUGUUUAUCAGUGUGUGAAAAUGGCUUCUGAUGCAACUUUCUUUCAAAGCAAUGGAAUUCGAGGAACUUGAUGUCGUCUCUUAAGUUACUGAUGUCACAUACUUGGAAGGGAUUCAAACACAGUGCCUAGUGGAGCUACUGCCAGAGUAGCCUUCCAUCACGUCCCAAAUUUUGCAGCUGAGGGACAAACACGCUUUGGUUGGUGCUACUGCUAGAAACAGGUUCCAAUAUUUCUAUUUGUGUUUUUGUUCCAUAGCACCCACGUUGUUAAUGAAUAAUUUACCUGCAAAGUCGAGAAAAUUUUGUUAAAAAGUUCAACCAAAUCAUUUAUAGCAUUUAAUAAAGAGUUCAUGUUACAGUUAGUUUGUUUUAAUGCAUUUCAGUUGGAUAUUUUAGAUUUCUAAGUAGUUUGAGAUUUUACCAUUUGUAAUAGUUUCUAACACGGCACAGGUUUUUUUCUCUUUUAAAAUCAAGUACAAGAUCUAUUUUUCUUUUAAUCGAGUUUAAAAUAUUUUGAUAAUUAUAUGGGUGAAAUGCAAUUUUUAUGUACAGAUCCAAUUUGUUUUGUGUUCAUAAAUAAAACCUAUAUUACCUCCUGA